AUACGUAAUUUUGCGUCGCAGAUCGCCAAGAGAGAGGUUGGAGUACACUGGGCUAGUCGCUUUGUUCAGCGCUAUCCUGAUCAGCUUAUCUCAAAGUGGGCAGUAGGCAUAGAUAACUGUCGCCACAAAGCUGAUUCUAGAAGCAAGUAUAGCCUCUACUUUAGCCUCUUACGCAAUAAAAUUAAUCAGUAUCACGUCGAGGCGCGUCAUAUCUACAAUAUGGAUGAGAAAGGCUUCAUGCUUGGCGUCGUAAAUCGCUCAAGAAGGAUCUUUAGUAGAGCCUCGUAUGAGGAGGGAAGAAGGAGGAGUACUAUACAGGAUGGAUCUCGCGAGUGGAUAACGCUGCUGGCCUGUAUCUGCGCUGACGGAUCUUACCUCGAGCCUGCCUUGAUCUACCAGUCAGCCUCAGGGUCUAUACAGGACACCUGGCUGCAGGCCCUUGAUCCAGAUACACAUCAGAUCCGAGUAUCCUCAUCACCUUCUGGCUGGACAAACAACGAGAUAGGCCUCGCGUGGCUGCAGCAGGUGUUUGAUCGCGGUACAAGGGCGAAGGCACGCUCCUCCUACCGAUUACUUAUCCUUGACGGCCAUGGAUCUCACCUUACAAUGGAUUUUAUUGAUUAUUGUGAUCAGAACAAGAUCCUCCUUGCAGUCUAUCCUCCUCACUCAACCCACACGCUACAGCCUCUCGACGUCAGCAUGUUCAAGCCUCUGUCAACAGCGUACUCGAACGAGGUUUCUGCCUUCAUGGACAGGAGUCAAGGCCUCGCCUCAAUGAGCAAGAGGGACUUCUUCCCCCUCUUCUACCAAGCCUGGCAGGCCUCCUUAAAAGAAACAACGAUCCUGAACGCCUUUAAGGCUACAGGAAUCUCGCCUCUUAACCCAGAAGUAAUCCUUCAGCGCUUCUCUGUUCCUGAUCCUAUGAGCGAUAGUGACUCCUCAGCUCUUAGUGCCUCUGAUUGGAGGAGGAUAGAGCGUCUGCUGCGUCAGGUAGUCGCUAAUCAAGGCGAUAGGCAGGUCAAAAGGCUAAGCCAGGUCAUUCACUCAAGUUCAGUUCAAAACAGUCUCCUUAAGGAUGAAGUAAGGAAGCUAAGGGAGGCUCUAAUUAAUGAGAGGACACGCAGGAAACGAGGUAAGCCUCUACCUCUGCAGGAGGCUGAGGAGUAUCACGGUGGAGCUGUAUUCUGGUCUCCAAGGAAGGUGAAGGAGGCGCACGAUCGCCUGCGACUCCAGGAGGAGGAGCAGGAGCAGCUACAGCUCCAAAAAGCUGACACGAUAAGGCAACGCGAGGAGACAAAGCAGGCGAGGGCGAUAGAGAAGGAGCAGAGGCGUCAGGCGAGGCUUGCAGUAAGCCUAAUGAGGCAGAAGGAGAGGGAGGAGAAGGCUAUUGAAAAGGCCUCGAGGAUCGCGGCUCGCAAGGCUGCAAAACGACUUCAAAAAGCUAUUAAAACUACCCAAAGGGGUAAAAGGAGCAGCCUCAAGGCUCCUACAAAGGCUACUCGAAAAAAGAGGCCUAUCGCGAGGCCUCAAGGUAGUGAGGAGCCUCAAGGAGGUGCUGCAGGCUUACCACCUUCAACCUCGCGUUGCGGCCGCGCGAUUAGAACUCCAACUCGAUUUCUAUAG